GUGUUCUUGUAAGUGACUCGCGGAUGCGGGCUUCCUAUUGCCGGCUAUUUACCGUUACUUCUGUGGAAUGUCACAACCAGUCACUAUUACUGGCAAAACAAUACCAUUAUUUUCCUAUCAACAAGCAGCCGACGCCGUAUAUUCAAUUGCUACGGAUUGUACACCAACCUCGUAUACAGGAGUACCCGGCCAUUACAUCAUAACAGUGAUAUCUGUCGGGAUAAAGACAUCAUUUAGUCGCCUGAGCUACACAGUUCAUCCCAUCCUUUGAAAGAGAGAAAUCCUUUUCGCUGCAUUCAGAGCGUUAAGAGCACGCGGGGUUCACUAUAUUCAUCUGCAAUUGCCAGACGAUGUCAAGCUCUGGCAAGCGACGAGUUAUCAACAAGAACAGAACGCUGAAGGUGACCGUGGUCGGAGACAGUCAAGUGGGCAAGACUUGUUUGUUGCUGACUUACGUGACCAAGAAGUACCCAGCAUGCGUUCCGGCGUCCUUCGAGUGGCAUCUUGCCGGGACCGGUUUCAGCCAGAGCACCUACCCAAACAUCCAGGUUGACGGACAGCGUUACGAUCUCGACUUCACCGACACUUUGGGACUGGACAGUUCCCUGUCUCUACGGCUGCUGGAGUAUAUGACCACUGAUGUGUUCGUCGUCUGCUUCGACAUUUCCUGUCCUGAAUCUUUUGAAAAUGUGCGGGAAAAAUGGAUGCCGGAAAUCCGGUCUGCUCAGCCUGAGAUCCCAAUAAUCAUAGUUGGUACCAAACUAGACCUACGGAACAAUUCCGAUGUGAAGUCGGGCUUAGCCGAGAUCGGGAAAAAGCCCGUUUUGCACGAGGAAGGUCAGAGGUUGGCACGUGAGUUGAAGGUCGUGGACUAUGUCGAGUGUUCGUCUCUUAAUAACGAUGGCGUCAGGUCAGUGUUUCUGACAGCUGCGCACGCAGCUUGUAUGGCAAAGAAGAGCCGGGUUGGUGGAGGUGAAAGUGAGAAAGAGGAGGACUGCUGCAGGUGUGUCAUACUAUGAACGGGAUCUUACGCGGAAUUUCUUAUCGAAAACCAACACAUUCAAUAGCAACAUUCCGUCGCCCUUCCCGUGGAAGUCGAUACCAUCACUCGGCUCCUUCAAUGACGUGUUAAUAAACUGGAUGUUCCAGGCGUUCGUCUGUAGGAUCGGUUUCUGGGCUUGCCAAGUCUGGAUUUGCUUCAAUAAGCUGUCCCUGUUAAACAUUCAUGGGGGAUCAUCCACAUUGUAGAAGUCCAUUGACUCCAGUAGGUAAUAUCCGAAGUAGCCUACAGCCAAUCGACCAUUUUAAACAUAUAUUAUACUAGUAUUUGGGAUUACACUUUCUCUGUAAAGUACAGAUUCUAGUACUUGUUUUGGGUUGAGUCCCAUCCGGGAUUCUAAAAUGGCAUGGUGUAUUUCACAACCAUUUGAAUGUGAGAAUGCAGUAGCUUCCAAUGUAUUAUAAUACCGUGUAAAUAGUGUCUCCUGUACCGUUAGUCUUCAGGGCUCGUGUUUCGGUAAACACUAAACAGUGGGUCCAUUCCUUUGGUUUCCUCGAUCCCAACCCGUUGAUUUCAUCAACCAGUUUAUUUUGCCAAGCUACUCGGUCUAACGGACCAGUAAGAAUGCGGGUUGCAAAGAAGCCCCAAUGAUUACACUGACUGACACGCUAACGAAAGCCCUCAAUAAAUUUCUUGAUGGAAAAAAUGCGUUAAAACGAGUUGGCGAGUCCCGAUGCUAGCAAGCACUGCCUGUAAUGUAAUGCAACAGGAAUGGACCCAGGGCUUGGUGAGGUUUACCGACAUGCAAGGCACCAAGAAAAAGAGGACUGACUGAGUUUGGUUUUACGCCGCUUUUAGCAAUAUUCCAGCUACAUCACGGCGGGGGACACCAGAAAUGGGCUUCACACAUUGUACCCAUGUGGGGAUUCGAACCCUGGUCUUCGGCGUGACGAGCCAACGCUUUAACCACUAGGCUACCCCACCGCCCCAGAUAAAGAGGACGAUGAUGAGGUUAUAAUGUGUCUGACGUUAUUUUUUCAUAUACAGUAUAUUACGUUUGAAUUCAUAUUGGAAACAGGAACUGGUUCCAGUCGGAUUAGCUUGGUACGUAUCCUUUACACCGAAAGUCUGUGUGAACACCACAACAAAUUUGUAGGUACUUUCUAUGGCCAAUAUCGACGUAUAGCCUGUAUCAUCAUCGACGUCACAGUAAUCUUUGUCAUCAUCGACGUCACAGUAAUCUUUGUCAUCAUCGACGUCAUUGUAGCCUCUGUCAAUAACAAGCAUCUGAGUGAGUGAGUUGGUUGUAUUUCACGCCGCUUUUAACAAUAUGUCAGUUCAGUCAUGUGCCAGGUCAAAGUUUAAGCAAAGGCCGAAGUGAUGCAGAUGUGUGACGUUUACUACGAAAUAGGUGCUAACAUGAAACAUCGUGAUAACAAACCAGUGACCACUAUCAGACAAAGACUGGAAUCGACCACAGGAUCCUGGUGAAUCUAAGGGAUACAACUCUGUACAGAGCGUUAAGUUCACUGACCUUCACCCAAGACAAUAUUGUUUCAUAUGAAGAAGACGUCUGAUUUAUGUGAAACCGAUUAAACGAUAAAGUAUUUA